AUGCGACGAGUCAAAGCCAACUGGCGCCCCUUCGAGGAAACUAACGUGGCGGGGAGGGUAUCGACGGCAAAAAUCAAAAAAGCCGACUCGUCUCCUCCUAGCAGAAGAGAAAACCUAAGUAUCUCAACUUCUUCUCCUACAACAGAGCACUCAGCAGCACAAGUAAAAGAUCAACCGGCUGCUUCGCAGUCUCUCCCGUUGGAUGCCAGUGAUUUUGCCCAAUUCCUUGCCCCUCAAUUAAAUGGUUCCUCAAGUCCGUCGAAUAAGCGUCGCGUUACGCAGAAGAAUCUCUCAUUCUGCGCAGACAGUCUGCUAGACAACACAGACGUGGCACAUAUUGAUGAGGACGUCUUUGUGCCACCUUUAGAAGAAAUUGUGCCUCCAGAUGAGUCUCCAUGGCCAUCGGAUAUUUCACUUCCCACCGCUGAGUUUGAUACAAGCCCUGGGGAGACCACCCUCGCGAUCCCGGGGGAAGAGACCGUCCAUGAGUCCGACGACUUUAGCUUUGCUGCCCUUCUAGAAGGCGAUACUGAAGAUCUAGAAGCGAUCGUUCGACAGUCCGACCCAAGUGUGAGCCCAAAUCUGUUCCAGUUUGCAGGAACCAGUGUGUCUCCACGGUCACGACAUACAGACAUCAGCCUCGGUCUUUUCAAAGAGCCUGCAAUAUCUGCUGGUAGUCCUGAAAGGUUGAUUUUGCACUUUGACAGAUACACCUGCGGAAUACUAUCCGUGAAAGACGGGGCCCAUGAAAACCCGUGGCGGACAUUGAUAUGGCCAUUGGCUAAGGAUACGCCAGCCUUAUAUCACGCAAUUUUUUCUCUGUCUGCCUUUCAUUGCAGCAAGAAAAAUCCCUCCUUGAAGGUUUACGGGGUGGAGCACAUGCGCCGGAGCAUCGCUUGUAUGGUGCAGGACAUACAAAAUAUGAGAGCGGAUGCCGCUUUGGCCACAAGCCUAGCGCUCGCAUUUGCUGACACAUGGGACCGGGACACUCGUUCAUGUAUCCAACACCUCCGAGGAGCCAAAGCAUUGGUAGCACAAGUGGUGGGACUUGGAUUGCAAGCGGGCUUGUGUGCAGCCGAUUUGGACAGGAUUCGAUUCCUUUACAACACUUGGCUGUAUAUGGAUGUCAUUGCACGCUUAACAUCUCUGGAGGAAUCCGGGGAUCAAAAAAUUGAUUUAUCCAUCCUGCAGCUUCCCAAAGGCGCUGUGCAUGAGAUUGACCCUCUUAUGGGCUGCGCCACCACACUCUUUCCGCUGAUAGAUCGAGUUGCCCAGUUGAUCCAACGGGUGCGGAAGACUAAUUCCAACUCGAUAUCUCUCGUUUCGGAGGCCAUUGAGCUGAAAAGGCAUGUUGAGCAGUGGGAACCUCCUGACUGGUUCGAACCCCCUGAAGAUCCAACUUCAGAAGUGCAGCACAGUAUACAGAUCGCACAUGCUUAUCGCUGGGCAACGAUUCUAUAUCUCCAUCAAGCUGUUCCAGAGAUGCCUUGUGAGCCGGCGUCAGAACUCGCCAAGCGAGUAUUACUGCUGCUGGCCACCGUUCCACCGAGCUCCCGGACAACAAUCAUUCAAAUGUUUCCUCUCUUAGCCGCUGGAUGUGAAGCUGAUCAGGAGGAAGACCGGCAAUGGGUGCUAGGUCGAUGGAGAUCCAUUCAGACUCGUCUCAUGCUGGGUUCCAUCGAUCGCUGCAUAGACGUGGUCCAUGAAGUUUGGACUCGUCGAGACCAGUUUGAGGCCGAAAAGCAGCGGCGGCAGUUCCGAGGGGCGGGUCGUUCCAAUUCCCUUGACGAUCGGGAACCGGUGGGAAGAGAUGGAUUACCCUACAGAAACAUGGUACACGGGGAUCUAAAUAAUCCCGCCAUGUUUGCUAAAGAGUCAUACAGAAGACCCGCAGCUGAUGACCGGGCGAUAUCCUCCAGGGGAACUGGGAACCCACGGCGGAGUUCUGCGGUUUCUCCCCUGGAAAACAUCGAAUUUGAAAAAACCGUUAGGGGGAAUUUACAUUGGGUCAGUGUUAUGCAAGAAUGGGACUGGGAAGUCUUCAUCACGCUGUUAUGA